AUGUUGAAAUUCACCGACUGGUCACUCAUCCUAACGACACUAAUUUUUGUAAUUUUAAUUCAAGAAGGAUUAAUUGAUGGAAGAACGAUCUCAAAUGCCGUGAAUAAAGGAAUAAUCAAGACAAUUAAGGUUGAUAAAGGUGAGAUCAUUGACUGUUAUGAUAUUUACAAGCAACCUUCUCUUAAUCAUCCUUCGCUUCGUAAUCACACAAUACAGAUGAGACCUAGUAUGCACCCGAAGAAAAUGAAAUUAGAUAAUAACGGGACACUUCGACUUACACAAACUUGGCAUAAGUAUGGAGCAUGUCCACAAGGAAGUAUCCCUAUACGGAGGAUCGGAAAAGAUUACCAUUCAACACUUUUGCGUAAGCAUCGUCAUCUAAAGCUCCCACGUUAUAAUACGUCCCUCUAUUCAUUUGGAAAUGGCCAUGAGUACGCGACAGUUCAGGUGCACGGUAAUUUUCUAGGAGCACAAGCUAAAAUAAAUCUUUGGAAUCCAGUUGUGGAAAUACCAAGUGAAUUAAGUUUGUCUCAAAUCUGGGUCAUAGCAGGUGACGGUGAUGAUCUCAAUACUAUUGAAGCCGGAUGGGAAGUGAGUCAACCCAGACACACUGAUUACCAGACCAGAUUUUUCAUACACUGGACUACCGGUAACUAUGGAUCUGGUUGCUCCGAUCUCGAAUGUGAAGGCUUUGUGCACACAUCUUCGGAAAUCUCUCUUGGCUGCAAUUUCACGGAAGUAUCCACUUUCAAAGGCGACCAAAAAGAUGCCACCUUUGGUAUACACAAGGACCAAAAUAGUGGAAAUUGGUGGAUACAAGUACAAGGUAUACCCGUGGGCUAUUAUCCAAGUUCUCUAUUCACGCAAUUAUUAAAGACAGCAACAGAAAUAGAUUUCGGUGGGGAAAUCAUAAAUAUGGCACCUAAAGGACGACAUACUAUGACUCAAAUGGGUAGCGGUCAUUUCCCUUCCGAAGGAGGUCUCGGAAUAUCCAGUUAUUUUAAUCAAGUUCAAAUAAUUGAUGAAAAUAACAUAGCUAAAGACCCUGAAAUUGUUAUCAAGUAUGUAACGAAUCCAAAUUGUUAUGAUUUACAAAUUGACGACAAACACACGAACGGCUUCGGCUUUUACUAUGGAGGUCCUGGAUAUAAUGAUAAGUGUCAGUAAUGAGAACCUGAAUAAUAAUAUUUAUGUUCAUCUAUUUAUAAUUGUUUUUUAUGGUUUGGUAUCAUAUACAUUAAGCAUAUUAUUUCUGUAUG